AUGCAAUCGAGAGGUCUGUCAACCCCUGGAAAACCAAAACAAGAAGUGCUUCAAAUCGUCUUCGAUCUUGGAGAAAAGAAACAUGAAACAUUGCAUGUAUAUGAUGAUUCUGAUAUAACUAUGAUUGCAAAGGAAUUUGUUAGCAAACAUUAGUUAAGAGAGGAGGCAACUAUUUUAAUAGAAUAAACUAUCAUCAGCAAUCUGCAGGACAGCCAUUGUUCAAAAUAGAGCAUUUUCGAUCGAUUACAUAAUGAAGCUGCCGUUAAGACCCAGAAAAAACAUUAAUAAUUUAUCACCAACAGUCUAUCUUAAACUUUCAGUCCUCAAAAAACAUUACCAUACAAUCCAGGAGAAUAGUUAUAUUAAAGAUCAAGGCAAAGUCGAGUUUUAGAGCCUAAAUAAGAUGUUUUAUAUUCCUUCAAACCAUAUAUAAGUGAGAAAAGCUUGGCUUUGGCUAAAAGACCGAAUAUGCCCACAUCAGAAUAUUUGAUUAUGCAAGGCAAACAGAUGGCAUACAGAAAAGAACAAUUAAGAAGUAGCAGAAUGGCUGCAUAGAAUUAGUAAUGCUCAUUUUAACCUACUAUCAACCCCAUAAGUCAAAAGAUUUCUCAAGAAAAGGAAAGAAACUAUUCGAGUGCUCAAAAAAGUCAGAUACAUGAUCGAUUAUAUUAAUAAGGCAUAAACUCGAUGAAGAAAAAGAAAGAGGCUAGCCAAAUGAUCAAUUAAUCAAAAAUGACUUCUCCUUUAAAAAGCAAACCUUCGGAUAUUCCAUUUCUAGAAAGAAUGCAAAUUUCUAUCUAGAAAAGAUAAAAAAAAUUAGAAGAAACUGUAAUGACUGAAGAACCUACACAUGAUCUGUCAACCGGUUAAAAAUUAUAUCAUCCUAUAAUUGGAAGACCACCUACAAAUGAGCGAAAUAACACUAAUCUUCCAAUAGGUGACUAUUUAUUUCAAAUGAGAACUGUCCAUGAAGAUCAUCAUAAUUACUUAGUUGAAUAGGAAAGAUAAUCUAUUAUGAAUUCCAUGGCAAAGUCUUCAGAAAAAUCAAGUUUGAUUUAUGAGGAUAAGAAGAGGAAAGUCUUAGAAGAGAUAUUCUCUUUACUUGAUUCAGACGGAGAUGGGUAAAUUUCAGCAUCUUCUAUUGAAAUAUCUGGAAUUUAAUAAGAAAUUUUAUAAAUUUUGGCACCACUCUUAUGCGAAAUGGAAUCGAUUUAGGCUCAAUUAGAUCUAGAAUCAUUUAUAGAAGCAGCUAAUAGAUUGAUAUAAUCUUUAAAUGUUUCAGAUAAAAAUAAAUUAAUCAAUGGAUUAAGAUAAAAAAAAAUAGUAGAUCUCGAUUAAUGUACUUUCUAACCUAAAUUAUGCAAGCACUCAAUGAAAAUAGUUAAAUCGGGUCCAAAAUUACAAUAGAAUAAACUUGAGUUAGUGAAACAAGAAUAAGAAUAAAAAGUAAUGUAAGAAUGCACAUUUAAACCUCAAUUAUAUAAUCCACUUAAAAUUUACGAUUUUAUGCUUAAUCAAUGA